AUGUGGUUAGUCAGUGAGCGUCGGGGCCGAGCCGACGGCGACGGCGACGGCACGGAGCACGAGCACAGGAGCGCGGGAGAGCCGCGCUGGUCGCUCAGCCAGCGCGCCGGCCACAGCACGGUGGAGUUCAAGAGCACGGCGUGCGCGGGGGCCACCGAGCCGCCCGCGCCGCCACUUGCCGCGCUGCCGGACCCGCAGCAGUUCAACAUAUUCCCGGCCUUCUUCAGCCGCCAGCUCAACUUUAGCGGCGGCGGUGGAUGCGGCCAAGGUUCCAAAAUAAUGGAAGAGUUGCGACCGAAUCUUGUUGGUGGGCUGCUGGGCGUGCCAGGGUUACUGGACGAGCACCAGCAAGACGCCAAGUUCCUGCCAACGGGAGGUGAGAGCAAGUACACGCCAGACAAGGGCCGCAAGUGCAGCAACGCGUCCUCAUCAUCUGCGGAGGAGUUCGGCGGGCUGUACGGCGGGGAGCACGCUGCUACGCCGCCUGCACCACCACUUAGCCGGUCCUUGCAGGAUAACACAGCGGAAGGUGCAUUCAAAAAAUUAAAGCCGGAGCCUGGCGGGGGCAGUGGGGGUGUCUCUGGAGGUGCUUCAGCAUUGUCUCCAGCACUGGGCCCCCAGCACGCUGGACAUACGCCAACCACAGCCUCCUGUCCCACACCUGCACGACGUCGGCAUCGAACCACCUUCACACAGGAACAAUUAGCAGAAUUAGAAGCGGCAUUCGCUAAAUCACAUUACCCGGACAUUUACUGCAGAGAGGAGCUGGCGCGGACGACGAAACUUAACGAGGCACGGAUACAGGUCUGGUUUCAAAACCGUCGCGCGAAGUACCGCAAGCAGGAGAAACAGUUACAGAAGGCGUUGGCUCCUGCAGUGCUGCCUGGCUGCAACGGCAUGAUGAGGAACAUCCAAGGAUACAGAGGAUACCAGCCUUACCCACACCCGAACACCAUCAACAGAUACCCGCAGCACCACGGGAGCUACGAGGAGCUCCAGAAGGACAUAUUCUCGCUGUCGCAGAUGGGAGGCGGCUCGUACCCUAUGCCGCAAGGGUUCUCCAUGGGACACGGGGCCAAUAUGAGCGCCGUCGGAAUGCGACAGGAUACUAUGGGCAUGAGCGCCGAGGACGAAUGGUACAACAAGUCGCUGUCCGCGCUGCGGAUGAACAGCGGUCACCACGCAAACCUAGCGGCCGCGCCGAUGUUGCAAUACCAGACCUAAUCGCUGCUGCACGGCGCCGAUUACUCGCCGGCGCCGGCGCACGACUACGCGCCUCCGUAGUCAGCGCACAAUGGAUUGCAAAGUAUUGUGACAUGUGGAAACGUCGCAUAACUUUAAAUUUUGUGGUUACAGUGAUUUAUUGCUAAUGAUGGAGUUUGUUUUAAAAAUGCAUUAAGUCACCAAAGACAUAUUAAGUUAUUCAUAAAUGUAUGUUUGUUCGUUUUACAGGGCUAUCAAUAACGUGACGUAUACAUUUGUACUAGCGAGUAUGUACAAAUUGAAGAUUUGUCAGAUUUGGUUUGUCACCAAGCCUUGACAAAUCUCGUCAUUGUUCUUUGCAAUGGAAAGCCUUCUUGUAUACAAUGUACGAAUUUGAAUUUGUUCUUCUUGAAGAGAAACACUAUCGAAAUGACACCGAUAGUACAAUAUUUAGUUAGAAAAAAUAAAUGGAGACAUUUUCUUAAGUAUUCGUCAGUGAAAAUGUUAAUGUAUUUAAUAUCAAACUUCUAUAUUCCAAUCCAAGUGAUGCGCCUGUUUCCACGAAAAUGAAACCAUGUUUUAUAAUAAAUAUGACUUGAAAUGUCGCAAUUCGGUGCGCAAAAUAAAAGUUCUAUCGAAUUACUUUCACGCGUGAUUACGUGUUUAGUCUAUACAUAGGUACAAAUAGUGUUUUAAUUUAUUCAGACCCGUAUUGAUAAACUACUAUUUUCCCUUCCAAAAAACUACUUUCUACAGGUGAUUUAUGUAUCUUGCUGUGUCUGCCUCUCUGAUCUCAAGUUUUUGUAAGUAAAAGAUAUUUCCAGAAAAUUUUAAAGGAGGAUUUGAGCACUUCGACUGUUGGCGUAAAUAUAUCAACAGUUUUUCAUAACCUAUAUCUAUUUGAGACAUCAACAGAGUUUUAGAUAGUAGCAUAACAUCACACCUUUUAUCCCCGAAGGGUGCACAUUACGGCACUUAGUCGUUUUGGAUAGUAUUUUGCCGUUUUAGUGAGAGCAUUAAUCAUCUAUUACAGCCUCCAAUAUUAAUGUAGUAAUUUAGACUUGAAAGAAAAAAAACAUUUAUUCAGCAAGUUCUUCAUGUCCAUUCUUCGAAUCCCGGUGGAUGCUGGCAUAAUUAUUAAUUCCAGUUAUAAAAUUAGUUUUUUUUUCUCUUCUAUUUUUGUUUUCUUUUUUCCCUUUUACGUUAUUGUGCACCUACCACAUUCCCAAAUAAUUUUUCAGAAGAAAUCACUGCGUGUGAGAGACCGCCCAUUGUACUCAAAUUACCAUCACUAUGUAAACUUUUUUUUUCUGUGUGUGCAAUAAAAAUAAGUAACAUUUCCUUCAAAAUUGGCCAAACGCCUCCUGAGCCCCUUCCUUUUAAAAAAUGAGAAGAAUUUGGCAUUAAAUCCUCAGCCACCGCCGGCAAUUCCCUCAGUGGUUUAUCAGUACGAGUCUAAAAAACGUUUGUUUCACGAUAUGCGUAAAUUGUGUAUGCUAGUCAUUAUUGUACAGACAUUUUAAAUCGAAUAAGAUAAGUAUGUAUUUUCUUGAUUGUUGUAUGUAUUUAUUGACAUAAAUUCUUCGCCUUUGUUACUGUGAUGACUCUUUGAAUUAUCCAUUCACAACGCAAGUUUUCGCACCACUAGUGACGCUAGUAAAGCGUGAGGCUUAUUAGCCAAUAGAAUAUUUUCUUAAUGUCAAGUCACUAGUACUCGACCUCAUCGUUCGCUUGAUAAAAUUGACGUGUAAAAGUGCUGCCUUGUAGCCUAUUUGCAGAAAUAAAUUUACUUGUUUCACAAUUAACACCAUAAACUUAUUGGACUAAUAAGAAUUUACGGCUCACUAGCGGCGUCCCGUGAGCGCAAAACCGAAAAACCUCAUUUUAAUAUGUUUCCAUUACAUUUUAAAAAGUCGUCAAAAAGUCGUAAUGCUGUGCAUCAUUGGCAGGCCUAUUCUAUGUAGGUAGAUCUAUUUUAUUGGAAGUCGCAUCGUGUUUUUAUGAAAUGCUUGUUACUUUAUUUGUUCGCGUUAUUUUUGUAUUAUAUAUUAUAAUACUAGCUAUGCCCACGACUUCGUCCGCGUGUAAUAGUCAU